AGGUAGUGUACCUUGCGGGGCUUACUGUUAAGAUUGCGUCAAAAAUCGUCCUCUAUACGAUGGUGAAAACCGCAGGCCGCUAAGACCUUUCGUUAAAAAGUUAUUUGAAAAACGGCAACCAGCACGACCUUUCCGUUUCGAUAGUAGUUCAAAAUUGUGUUGAAUCUAUAACUCAUAUAUAUGAAUUUUGAAAAAUCAGCUAUUUUUAACACCGAUGUGUCGAGCACAAUUAUUUCGAUGUUGUUGCUAGAGUAACAGACAACUGGACUUAAUACAAAACAUUAUAUACUUCUUUUGUAUUUUCGAAUAAAUUUUUUUCUCAUCGUUCCAUUGAAUGCAACUACUCAUAUACUCUAUGAUUCUAAGCGGAGUGAGUUUCUGCUAAAAUUUGAGAGAACACCGCUGUAAUAGCGAUACAUUAGAACGGCAGGAUCCUAUCGUUUGUCUUUGAUCUCGUACAGCUAAACUUUAGAACAUAUCCCAAAAAAACAAGAUAAUGUGGUUGUUUACAUACUUUUUGAUCUUUCUUUUUUCUAGCAAAAUCCAAAGGUAACAAAGAACAACGUAUAGUCCGAGUUCAUACGAAUAAAUCAGAUGUCGAAGAUACUUCAACAGAAACACAAUCAACCGCAACGAGUUUAAAACAAAGAAAAAAUCAAAAAUCAAAAAGAGACAAAAAGGACAAAGAAAGUCAUAAUACAACAACGUCAGAUUCAGAAGAAAGACAAAAGAAAACAUUGAAAGAUUUACAUGCAUUAUAUUUACUAGACGUUAAUCGUUUUCCUGGUCCACCCGUGCGUGCUAUUAGCUUCGAUGAAUCUCGACGACGACACAAUAAUGAAUUAGAAAUAUCACAUGAUUUAAUAUGUCAAGCUCGACCAAAUGAGUUAAAACCAAUGACCAAAAAUUUUAAAUUUGAAUCAUCUUUUACAAAUUUAAUUCCAAAAGAACUUGAUGCCUACAAUUUAGAUAAAGAAUUAAUUGAAUUUACAAAUGUUGCAGAAUAUGAACAACCAACAAUGUACGAGGAAUAUAUUCCUGAAUUUUUUCAAAAACAAGCUGAAGCUAAACAAAUACGUCGUAUAUCAUUAACAGCUGUUAAACCACCGGAAUCAAUUAUUAAACGAUUGGGUGCUCGUAUUCCAAGAUUAUUUGUCGGUUGGGAGCCGUCGAACAUUGAUUCACAACACACCGAUGAGUUUCGUCCAUUGAGUAAAUUCAUCAUGUCGAAUAUUGCUCAUUAUUUUGACGAAGAUUUUAUUGAUGAAACGGGAAUGUUUCAAAAUCCCAAACAAAUUGAUCGAGCGCAACCGACGGCUGAAUUACGUCGUAAACGUGUUAACAUUGAUUUUCGUGAAUUAUGGUUUCAAGAUGCACUCAGUGGAUCAUUUUAUUCUUAUUUUGAUUUACAACCUGAAUAUCAGAAAAAACAUGUACAAUAUCAUAAACUAGCUUCUAAUUUACAAAAACGUUUGAUUCGUCCGGGACGUGAACAACCGCACGAAAUAAUGAACGGUGUUAAUCGUCAAGAAUAUUCACCUGUUAUAUUUGAUUUACCAAAAAAUUAUUUAGAUCGUCAAACAGCUUUAGAAACACGUCGACAAUUACUAAAACUUAAUAAUAAAGAACAUUUACAAUUAUUAUCGAGAGUUAUUUCGAGGCAUGAUGAAUCAGCACUAUUGUCUCUUAUACGUGAACGUUUAUUAGUGAUAGAUCAAACAUUAAUUGGUUCAACAAGUCAUCGGGAUGAAAAUGAGAUUAAGCAAAAAUUGUUACAAGAUGAUUUAAUCGAACGGGGAACAAUACGCGAUCUAGAUGAAGUCAUAGUAAAAUAUUAUGAACAAAAACAGAAAGAUUCCAAUGGAUAUAAAAACGUAGAUGAUGUCUAUACAGAUAUUGAUUUUAGAAAUAGUCUUCAGUUCAACGUAAGUGAUGUUAAUAAACAAUUAGAACAAACAGAUAGACCAUCGGAACUCUACUUGAACACAUCGAAACAAAAACUAACAAAAAUGUCUAUAUUUGAUGAGAGCCAAACCACAACAGAAAAAGCAAAUAUAGAUAGACGAGUGACGUUGACAGACUGA